ACCUUGAAGCCAUUAUGGGAGAUGAAGAUUGGGAAGCAGAAAUCACUAAACCUCAUUUGUCUUCUUGCAUUCCUGUGUUUGAGAAGGAUAGAUAUCCUUCUGGAGCAAAUGGUGAUACUUUUAACAGGACUCCAACUACAUCAUCAGAAAUGGAUGGACCUUCUCGCAGGGAUCAUUUCAUGAGAAGUGGCUUUGCCUCUAUGAGGAGUUUGGGAAACAGAGAUGCUGGCGAGUCUAAUAAAAGAGAGACUACAUCCAUAAUGGGUGGUUUUGGUGUUGGAAAGAAUUUUGGAAACAGAGGUUUUUCACAUAACAAAUUUCAAGAAGGUGAUAGCUCUGGCUUCUGGAGAGAGUCUAAUAAUGAUUGUGAAGAUAAUCAAACACGGAGCCGAGGGUUUUCCAAGAGAGGCGGUUAUCAAGAUGGAAAUGAUUCAGAAACUUCAGGGCCAUCCAGAAGAGGUGGAAGAGGUAGUUUCCGAGGCUGCCGAGGAGGAUUUGGUCCAGGAAGUCCAAACAAUGAAUCUGAACAAGAUGAGAGCAUGCAGCGCACUGGUGGCCUUUUUGGUUCAAGACGACCAACAUUAAGUGGCACAGGUAAUGGUGACAGUUACCAAAGCAGAAGUGGUAGUAGAGGUGGACGAGGUGGUUACAAAGGUUUAAAUGAAGAAGUAAUAACAGGCUCUGGAAAGAAUUCUUUGAAGUCAGAAGCUGAAGGAGGAGAAGGUAGUGACCUUCAAGGACCAAAAGUGACCUACAUACCCCCUCCUCCACCUGAAGAUGAGGACUCCAUCUUUGCACAUUAUCAGACAGGCAUAAACUUUGACAAAUAUGACACUAUUCUUGUAGAAGUGUCUGGACAUGAUGCUCCACCAGCAAUUCUGACUUUUGAAGAAGCUAAUCUCUGUCAGACACUAAAUAACAACAUUGCUAAAGCUGGUUAUACUAAGCUUACUCCUGUGCAAAAAUACAGUAUUCCUAUUAUAUUAGCAGGACGAGAUUUGAUGGCUUGUGCUCAGACAGGGUCUGGGAAAACCGCGGCUUUUCUCUUGCCAAUUUUGGCUCAUAUGAUGCGUGAUGGAAUAACUGCCAGUCGUUUUAAAGAGUUGCAGGAACCGGAGUGUAUUAUUGUAGCACCAACUCGAGAAUUGAUCAACCAGAUUUAUUUGGAAGCCAGAAAAUUUUCUUUUGGGACUUGUGUAAGAGCUGUUGUAAUAUAUGGAGGAACCCAGUUGGGGCAUUCAAUUAGACAAAUAAUACAAGGCUGUAAUAUGUUAUGCGCUACUCCUGGGAGAUUGAUGGAUAUCAUAGGUAAAGAAAAGAUUGGUCUCAAACAAGUUAAAUAUUUAGUUUUGGAUGAAGCUGAUCGCAUGCUGGAUAUGGGUUUUGGACCAGAAAUGAAGAAGUUAAUUGCUUGCCCAGGACUGAUGCCAUCGAAAGAACAACGUCAAACUCUUAUGUUCAGUGCAACUUUUCCAGAAGAAAUUCAAAGGUUGGCUGGGGAGUUUUUAAAGAUUAAUUACUUGUUUGUUGCUGUUGGACAAGUGGGCGGAGCAUGUAGAGAUGUUCUACAGAGUGUUCUCCAAGUUGGCCAGUACUCGAAAAGAGAAAAACUUGUUGAAAUUCUCCAAAACAGAGGUGAUGAAAGAACUAUGGUCUUUGUUGAAACUAAGAAAAAAGCAGAUUUCAUUGCGACUUUUCUUUGUCAAGAAAAAAUAUCAACUACAAGUAUUCAUGGUGACCGGGAACAGAGGGAGCGAGAACAAGCUCUAGGGGAUUUUCGCUGUGGCAAGUGUCCAGUUCUUGUUGCUACUUCAGUAGCUGCCAGAGGGCUGGAUAUUGAAAAUGUUCAACAUGUUAUCAAUUUCGACCUUCCUUCUACCAUUGACGAAUAUGUUCAUCGUAUUGGGCGCACUGGUCGAUGUGGGAAUACCGGCAGAGCUAUUUCCUUUUUUGAUCCUGAAUCAGACAGCCAUUUAGCACAACCUCUAGUGAAAGUACUGUCCGAUGCUCAACAAGAUGUUCCUGCAUGGUUGGAAGAAAUUGCCUUUAGUACAUAUGGUUCUGGCUUCAGUGGUACUACAAGAGGAAAUGUUUUUGCAUCAGUUGAUACUAGAAAGAAUUACCAGGGCAAGAGCACUUUGAACACAGCAGGAUUUUCUUCUCCACAAGCUCCCAAUCCAGUAGAUGACGAAUCAUGGGAUUAAAGCUGAAACAUCCUUCAAGUCAUGGUACAGUUUUCAUGCACAGAAGAAAAUAGUUUGGAUUUUUGAGUUUUUAACACAAGUGUGAAACCUGACAUUUUCACAUCUCCUGUCCUUCCGUUCUUACUCUUGCCCUUUAGAAAAAAAAAAAAAGAAAAGAAAAAAAAAAGCCUCACUGACUAGUUAUGUGAAAUGGUACAAGUUGCAACAUGGCAGAUACUGAUACAAAUGGUGUUAACUGGAAAUAUUAAAGCAUUCUAAAUAUC